CGUAGAGCUAGUCGUCGGUGUAGGGGACUCGACUGCUGGCUUAGAAGCCGAUAGGAGUGGGAGAGGGCGGGAGAGAGAGAGAGCCGCUGCCGCUUCUGCCGGUACGUCACCUUGUCGCUCAUUCACCACUCCUCCUAAUUACAACCAGAAGCGUCUCUGCAGCCCGAUCGCCCUUUAAUAAUGUACGGGAAGAUAAACCGAAAACCAGCGGCUGGGCGAUGAAUGAUGGAUCCCACCGGUUACUACAGCACCUUACCUGAGUGCAGGAACCUGUAGCUGCGUGAUACGCGAAGACAAUGUCACACUAUAAUUUCGUCAAAUGCUGUUGUUUUCAGCUAUGUAAUGUGUUCAGGCAGAACAUGGAGAUAGAUCAGUGUCUGCUUGAGUCUCUGCCAUUGGGCCAGCGUCAGAGGCUGGUCAGACGCAUGCGCUGCGAGCAGCUGCGUGUCUACUAUGAGCGGGAACGGAUGUCACAGAAGCAGAGCUUCACCAAGCCUCGGUCCAGCCACUGCAAAAAACAAAGGAUUAGCUUUACACUCUCAGACGUCAUCCAGGAUGCAAUCAUACGACACGAUGACAAAGAGGUACUGAAGCUGCUGAAGGAGGGAGCUGACCUGAACACGGUGAUUUCCUCAGGAGGAACUCUGCUCCAUCUGUGUGCCCGUCAUGACAAUGUGUUUGCAGCAGAAGUUCUAAUAGAGAAAGGAUUGAAUGUCAACCAGCAGGAUGAAGACCUCUGGACAGCCCUGCAUGUGGCUUGUGCCUGCGAUCAUGCCGAUAUGGUGCUACUGCUGCUGCUGGCCGGAGUCAAUGUUCUGCUCCAGGACGUCAACGGGAACAUUCCACUUGACUAUGCCACAGAGGGAACAGAAACCAUCUACAUCCUCAUCAGACACCUGGAGGAGAAUGGAGUGGACUUGAGCUCUAUGCAUCAGAUGAAGACGCAGCGUUCAUCCACCAUGCUGUCUGACGUGAGGCAGCUUCUCAGUAACGGUGGUGGCGUCAAUCAAAAGAACGAUGAUGGGGUCACGUUGCUCCACAUUGCCUGUGCCAGUGGUUAUAAAAUGGUGGCGUCUGUGUUGCUGGAGAAUGGAGCAGAUGUUCACAUCUAUGAUAACAGCUACUGGACACCCUUACAUCUUGCUGCCAAAUAUGGGCAGACUCACAUUGUGGGCCAGCUGUUGAAGCACAAAGCAGAUCCAACUCUUCUUAACUGCAACCAGGACAAACCCUCAGACAUCGCUGCCACUGAGCAGAUUGCAGAGAUGCUUCUGAGAGCAGAGGAACUCUGGGUACAGAGACAGACAGACCCUGUCCCAUCUCCACAAUCAGACGAGCACUGCACAGACGUCCACCAGGACAGCGACCUGCCUGUCAAAAAGCUGGCCACCAUGGCAGUACCCAUUUCUAGAAGGGACAGUCUGCUGGAGAAGGAGGUCAUGUUCAGGGACUCAGGAGGAGCAUUGACCAGGCAACCAUCACUUGAUAACGGUCUGGAUAGAGCAUUUCCCAGUGCUGCAGGAAAACUCGAGCAGGUGAAACUAAUGCCUCCUGCUCCUAAUGAUGACCUGGCAUCCCUCAGUGAGCUCACCGAUAGCAGUCUGCUCUACGAGAUGCAGAAGCGCUUCGCCAAUGACCAAAUAUAUACCUACAUUGGACACAUUCUUCUCCUCAUUAACCCCUACAAGAACCUGCCUAUCUAUUCCAAUCUCGUGAGUCAGUUGUAUCUGAGCUCAAGUGGUCGUCUCUGUUCAUCUCUCCCGCCUCAUAUCUUCUCUUCAGCUGAGCGUGCUUAUCACAUGAUGCUGCAGGAGCGACGGCCACAAUGUUUUAUCAUCAGUGGAGAGAGCGGUUCUGGGAAGUCAGUGGCCUGUAAGUACAUCCUGAAACACCUGGCCGCUCGCUCAAGUCCCAAAGGGUUCGCUUUAGAGCCACGGAUGAAGCAUGUGAAUGCCAUCUUGGAAGCGUUUGGCCAUGCUAAGACUCAGAUGAACUCCUCAGCAAACCGUUUUAUAAAGCACGUCUCAUUGCAGUACUGUGAGAAGAGAAAGACACUACUCGGAGCCCGUCUGGACACUUAUAUGCUGGAGAAGUCAAGGGUCAUAUGCAUGCCACCACAUCAGCAGAACUUUAACAUCUUCUAUUUGAUGGCUGAGGGACUUUCAGCAGAGGAGAAGAGUAAUCUAUAUCUCAAUAAUGUUCUAGCCCACAGGUAUCUGAAUACAGCAGCUCCAGGUGAAACUCCAGCAGUAGCUGCUGCAUGUCCUCAGAGCAGAGAGAAGCUAUCAGCCCUUAAACAGGCUCUACGUUCUCUCGGCUUCAAUAGACUGGAAGUGGAGAAUUUGUUUGUUGUCCUCUCUGCUCUUUUGCACCUGGGAGAUCUGCGCUUCACUGCCCUGACUGAUGCUGACACUGCGUUUGUGUCCGACUUGCAGCAGCUGGAUAGAGUUGCUGGAAUGUUGCAGGUGAACUCAGAGGAUCUAGCUUCCACCCUCACCUCUGAUGUGCAGUAUUUCAAAGGUGAUGUCAUGACAAGGCGCCACACGGUUGACAUGUCCAACCAUCACAGAGACCUCCUGGCCAAAGCUCUGUAUGGACGACUCUUUAGUUUCUUGGUCAAUAACAUCAACUUAUACCUCCAAGGCCAAGAGGAGAGCAAUGGAGAUCCUGCCAUUGAGAUAAGCAUCCUGGAUAUCUUUGGCUUUGAGGAAUUCCAAAGGAAUGGUUAUGAACAGGUGUGCAUUAACAUGGUGAAUGAACGGAUCAGGCAGUACACCACAGAGGUGCUCUUCCAGCAAGAGCAGCAGGAAUGUCUGCAGGAGGGGGUUGCUAUGGAGACACUACACUCCCUCGGCAACCAGCCAGCGGUACUGGACUUCUUCUUCCAGAAGCCUCAAGGGGUGCUGUGUAUCAUAGAUGAAGAGAGUCAAUCCCUCCGGCCAUGUGAAAUGAACCUUUAUAAGCGGCUGCAGGUACAGCUGGAUUCCUCCUGCAUGGACACCGUCUCCCUCACAACCAAAGACGGCAACGGGAACCCCCCACCCAAAGACCAGGGGCCAUCAUUUACCGUCACUCACUACGCUGGCAAGAUGACCUAUGACCUGACCGGCUCAUUGGACAGGAACAGGGAAGUUCUGCCACAAAACAUCUUGUUUGUUAUGAAAGCUAGUGAGAAUGUGCUCAUCCAUCAAAUGUUCCAGUGUAAGCUGACUCAGACGGGCUCCCUGGUUCCCCAGCACCAACGGCUGAGGCUUUGUGGGCCUAAAGGCAGUAUGCUUAACAAGAGCACCACGCUAUCUCCUGCAAGAGAUCCCAAGAAAUAUGUGGAACUGAACCAGCUUCUAAAGAAGAAGGGAGCAACGUCCUUUCUGCAGAGGCUGGAGCGCUUUGGACCGGUCACUGUGGCCGUACAGCUCAGGAACACUUUGUCUGAGAUCACCUGUAAGCUGCAAGCAUGCACCCCCCACUUUGUUCAGUGCCUGAGGCCCAAUAGCAUUGGCAAGCCUGAUGUGUUUGACAGCUUCCACGUGUCCUCUCAGCUCCAGUAUGUUGGGGUUCUGGAGAUGGUUCGCAUGAUCCGCUAUGGAUACCCAGUCAGAAUGUCUUUCAUCAGCUUCCUGAGCAGAUACAGAGAGCUGGUGUACACCAUCCUCACCGACAGGAAGAAGGUGUCCGCAGAGGAGCAGUGCCGCCACAUUCUGCAGCAUUGCAAACUCCAGGGCUGGCAGAUGGGAAACAGUAAGGUGUUCUUGCGAUACUGGCAGGCUGACCACCUCAAUGACCGCUGCCAUCAACUGCACAGGAAGAUCAUUAUCUGUCAGAAAGUGGUACGCGGCUGGUUGGCCAGACAGCAUGCAUGGUAUAGACUUGCAUCUCGGCAGCAGGAGCAUUGCAGCGUUCAGCGCUUCCUGCAAGAGGUGGAGGACUUGGGUAUGCACGCAUACGACAGCCUGGUCAUCCAGAAUGCAGCCGAUAUCGCGCGGGAGAAUGACCGCCUCCGGGGUCACAUUAACGCUCCACCGUUGGGUGAGCGGCCUGAACCUGUGGGCAAAGAGGAGGACUCGCCCAAGAGGAUUGUUGAAAAGAGUGGAAGGGUUAACGAAGUGGCAGGCCGUGGGGGGAACAGACCAAUCCGGCAUUUCCGCUCUAGUUCUGUACCUCUCCCCCUGGUAAUGGACAGUUUGGUACAUUCCAGCAUUGGGACAUCAAUCAAAGCUGCCCUUCAGCCCACGCCACACUCCAAUGAGGAGAGUAGUGGGGGAAGCCUCUCCUCCCCACGAAAACAACCUCCUCCCAAACCCAAACGAGACCCCAAUACUCGCCUGAGCGCAUCGUAUGAGGCAGUAAGUGCUGGGCUGAGUGUCGCAACCAAGGAGAGCCCUGCUGAGGGUCAGGCCUCUCCUUCUGGAAGUCCACCUAAAACCCAGCUCUCACCUUCUGAUCCGCUCUCCAAGCCACGCCCUCACAGUGAUGACUACAGUACUAUGAAGAAAAUCCCACCCCCUAAGCCCAAACGCAGCCCUAAUACCAAACUGACUGGCUCCUAUGAGGAGAUCUCUGUACCGUCCCCUGUGCGUCCCACAGACAUGAAGCUGGUCAGCCUGGCACGAGGGGGCCACUGCUUGGGCCUCAUCCAGCGAGCAGCAUCUGCAGAUGGCCCCCACUCUUCUGUGCUAAGCCUCUACCCCUGCCAGGAUGAGGAGGAUGUGUAUAUCGAAAUGAUUGGGGCCUCACGAGCCCUCAGCCUGGCUGACUCUCACAGCCCUGACCUGGGCGAGGCAGUAUAUGAGGAAAUGAAAUACUUCCUACCUGACGAGGUGGGCUCAGCUCCAGUCACCAAGCCUGAAGCUACUAAUCCAACUCCCCUACCUGCCCCAGUGCUGGCUUAUGAACUCAAGAGGCCUGUGACCCUGACAGGCAAGCAGCAGAUCAAGGAUGGGAAAGCAUGCGACAUUCCUGCUCCUUUCCCCAACCUCCUUCCACACCGCCCCCCUCUUUUGGUCUUCCCCCCUUCCCCCGUAACCUGCUCACCUGCCUCAGACGAGUCCCCACUCACCCCUCUGGAGGUUAAGAAGCUGCCGGUGUUUGAAACCAACCUGAACUACAGCAGCCAGGAUGGAGGUAGUCCACUGUCACCCCAGUAUGCCCGCCAAAGGGCCGACUCCUCCCCUAGUCUGUCCGUCUUAAUGCCAGACAAGUCCACUCCGCCCUUGACUCCUCCACCCCCUCCACCCCCUCUGGCAGCACUUCCACCUCCCUACCGCCCCCCUUCUCACUUCCCCUUUCCCCCUGAGCCAAACUUCCUGGCCCUGACCCGUGUAGCAUCUGUGGCUACCACCGAUUCCCCCAAAGUCUCUCAUAAAACGGGCCACGGUCUGGCAGAGACACCCCCAAGUAGUGCUAAGCCUCCCUACUCCCCGGUGAAAUCCUCGCGGCCAGAACCGCGCAGAGCUCACUCCUGUUCCUCUUCUCCUCUGCUGUUUAACCCCGCUAAUGUGCGAGCCCUCACCAGCCCCCUAGACGAGCUCAACACACUAUUCAGCUCAGGGCGCAACCUACUUCGCAAGUCCACCACGGGAAGAAAAAUAAGAGACAGCGGACUGUCAAAUUCCAACAUAAACCUACCAGGUCGAGAGGAUCAAGACCCCACCUCCCCAUCGCCACAGUUACAGGACAAAAAUGCCAACAACCACACUGCUCCCAACUCUUCAAAUACCACCUCUGUUGAGAAUGGCAACCAGAUCUCCAAUGGGAUGAUGGAAGAUGAGGGACAUCCAAAGUCAAACGCAUCCAGCACCUCAACAUUACACAGGCACAUGGACAGCCAUCCCACUCAGGUCAUCCAGAGGUCGCGUGCAUGUGGAGAUCAGCGGGCCACUCUGCAGGAUUUAUUGCAUUGGCGGAGGAGUGUUUGUAAUGGUCGACCAGACUGGCAAAACGCUUGGCUUCACACAAACCCCUCACCCACCCUAAAGAAGAAGAACAAGAGUCCCAUGAUCAAGAAAACAUCGCCCUAGAGAUUGUGGUCUUCUUGAGUCAAACCUCAGUUAUUCUGACUGCACGCUUUAGGACCAAUGGUCCUUUUUUAUGUUAAAGAAUUGCCCUUUACAUAGGAAUGAAAGCAGGUCUGGACUCUAAGGUCAAGUGUGAAGGGUGUCCAAAUGAAUGGAGGAGGUAGUUGCAUUUCGUCUCCCCUAAUUUUGUCCUUCUCUCUUUCUUCUCUUCACUUCUUCUGAAAGAAUGAAGAGAUCUAUUGCAACAAAAUUGCUCCACACAAACUAAUGGCUAACUGGGACCAAAUAACAUGAAGCCCUAAAGACUGCCGAGCCCAAACCUUAAGAGAGAAAGAUUAAUCACUGGGUAGACACAAAGGGCAUGGCUAUUAUGAAUCCCAUUCACAAUGUACUAAACAUUGUGCUGUUUAGAAGAUCUGGAAGAUCUGAUCACAUUGCCUUGAAUUGCAACACAUCAACGCUAGUAUUAGGGCUGUGAAAACAUAUCUCUAAAGUGCUACUGUGAGCUAUAUUUUAAGUCUACAAUGUUGGCCAUAUUUUAUUUUGAAACUGGUGCUAGUCAAUCCACAUGUGACUGUUGCUGCCUGGGUUGGGUAAAAAGUGCCAGUUCUGGCUCAACUCAAGUACUGCAAGACACAAGGUUGUGACAGACAUCCUUAAAGUUUACAAGAAAAAUAAACUUUCUCUGUGUUGACCUCUGAAGUCUAGUUUUAUGACAAAGUCCUUCUUCAGGUUCAGAGAAGCAGCUACACCCCAUGCUUUUUCAGGUGCUUUGGUUACCCUCUAUCAGAGGCAACCAUCACACAGAGGUUUCGACCUUAAGAAGAGGUCAGGGUUCAGGGAAAUUACAAGGAACAUCCCAGGUCCAUGACAUCUUCACCAGCUUCUGGAAUACCUUCAUCAUACUGUGAAAAUCUUUUCACUCUAGGCCUGUGUUUCUCAAUCCUGGUC